GACAAACCACUAGAAAUAGGGUCUAAAUACAGAGAGUGUAAUUCGACUACUAAAAAUUUUACGGAAAAGUGGAGCAGAAUAUAAUUAAUUGAAUUCGCGAACGGCGGGGCUCGUUAUUUGAAACGAGAAGGGUGAAAUAGACAAACAUUAUUGUAAAAAAAAAACUGAAAUAUCAUAUUUCUACAGAGGGGUAGACUUUGCUCCGUUCGCAUCUCAAGUGAAUAGGGAUAAAUUAAAAAGAAUUAGAAUAUAAUCGGAUUUCUGAGAACGGAGUUUUACCAAAACCUACAACCUCAGACCAAGAUAAUGCAAUAAAUGUUUCGGGCAUAUUUUCAUGCGAUUUUACGAUCUUCCACUUAAAGAAUUUGGACUUCAUCCUUUCAAGUUCAACUAUCCUUCUUCACUUCAAACAGGAUAUGCCAAAAAACGUAUUCAAUUUUGUGAAACGAUUUUGACUUGAACACAAGAAGAUCCCGAUUUUUGACCAAAAUAAUAACCGUCACUUUUAGGCCUCUGAAAAUCCGCAGAUUAUUUGUGAGAGCAAUUUGAAAGACAAAUAUAAUGUUAAUGUUUUUUGCUUUAUAAAUGACGCAAAUUAGGUACCUUAUCUAUUAGGAUAAUUUAAUUAGAUACAGGAAGAUACCUUCAUAUGUCACCGAUGGAAGUUUAGCUACAGUUACUACCCCAUCCUAUCUAUGACCCUAGAACGCGACGACCGAAAAUUGACAUUUAAGUUUAAGUUUAAACUUGUCAAAGGGUUGGUCAUUUUUGACUAAACAUUGCGAUUAAAUAACAACAUCCUAAGGCUAAGGCAUAGUUCCAUCCUUUAAUUAGAUGUUUCAAUAGUCAAUUAAAGCCAGAAAGUCUAAUCUUGAGAGUAGAUAGCCUAAAAUAGCCACGAAAAUACGAACAAUUUGAUAAAUUAAACAUUACACUAAAGCAAAUAUAGAAUAUAAUAUUGAUAUUUGCAUUGUAUUGAUCGUAAAAGCAUUGUUUAUGCUAAAUUUUGUAGAACUUUACAAUCAGCAGAGUUAGACACAAAUUCGAACUAAAAUUAGUAGAUAAUAUAUACAAAGUUAAUAUUUACGUAUUCUUAAUUGAUGUGAUUGUCAAUCUUACUGAGCUACAGUAAAAGUAAAGUAUCGGAAUUACCCCAUCCUUCGUUUAAAAUUUACAAAUUCAUUUAUUUCUAAAACACUAAAUGUUUUCUUUUAGAAGAUCUGAUAGAAGUUCAAAAUGUUCUAUUAUUAUUAUCUUAGUCAAGUAACCGGAAGUACAUAUACCGGUAUUUUACAACUGGCCAGACCUUACAGAAACCAGCAAAUUGCUGACCGAAAACUUAAUUUUCUUUAUUUAAUUGUUUUGUGCGCCCACUACCUACAUGUUAGCUACGUUGAUGUUUAGUUUGGACACUGAGCGACGUCUCUUAGAAUUUUGGGAGGACAUGGGUUCGAUGCCCUGAUCUGUGGUUUCCACUUUUAAGAAAUACUAGGGUUGUAAUAUUCCACAGAUAAUCGUUCAUUUAUCUUCUGUCUUCAUUUCAUUCGUCUCAUCUUUCUCUUCCCAACCACCACCCAAUCACUCCAGGAGGCUCAAAAUGACCUUACGCACUACUCAUUUCCCACCGCAUAGCAAUGGAACAGCCAAUACACCAGCAUUAGAUAACGGCAAUGGUUGAAUGAACCUAACCUAACCUAACCACCACCCAUCCAUUCCAGGAGGCUAAAAAUGGCCUAACGCACUACUCAUUUCCCACCGCAUAGCGAUGGAACAGCCAAUACACCAGCAUUAGAUAACGGCAAUGGUUGAAUGAACCUAACCUAACCACCACCCAUCCAUUCCAGGAGGCUAAAAAUAGCCUAACGCACUACUCAUUUCCCACCGCAUAGCGAUGGAACAGCCAACACAUCAGCGUCAGAUGACCGGAAUGGUUGAAUGAACCUAACCUAACCUAACCUAACCUAACCACCCAUCCAUUUGCGAAAACACUGAUUUGAUUCCAAUCAAAGUUCUAGGGUAGUAGCAUUCCACAGAUACCCUUUCAUUCUACUACUGUCUUCAUCAAAUCCGACUCUUCUUUCCUUCACUAACUACCAGAAGGCUCAAGAAGACCUUCCGCCCUAUACACCACUCAUUAAAAUUAGAUGAAGGGAAUGACACACAAAUGUUUCUAAUUCCAUUUUUUCCUGAUAUUGUGGCAGAAUCUGAUCAGUUCAGAUGAAAAACUCGUUUUAUUACACAAUUACUUGCACACUUUUAAAGGGCCUUUUCAAGUGGAAUUGUCAUCAUGUCUAUUGGCCAAGCAAUUUCCUAUUUCGUAUUUAUCACUGCAUACGUGGUAAUUGCAGAGACAGAAACUACGAACCAAUGUUGCUUGAACGGCGUGCAAUUGAAACGAAUAAAACAAUGCGCAGAUGGUAGCAAGCCAACAAUAUCAUGCGACAAUGCUGCAAUUCUCGAUCCAAAUUUGGAGAAUUUUACUUUUGAUGAAAAGAACUAUCUAAUGUUUGCAGACGAAACUUAUGAACUGGGAAAAUAUUGCAUGACGAAGUUGAGCGAAAAUGGGUCGGAAGUAGCCAUACUCUGUGUAGAAUAUAACUUUUCCGAAACUCAACUCUCAUAUAUCAUUAGGGCGGUUUGCGCCCUUAUAACUAGUAUAUGUCUCUCACUAACCAUUUUAGUCUACAUAUUGGUGCCAACGCUGAGAGAUCUUCAGGGCAAAUGUAUUAUGCACGCCCUCUUUGGAUUGACACUGGCAUUCAUAGUUAUGAGCAUAAUUCAAUUUAGCACAAGUAUUCACGACACCCUAUGUGUUAUUUUACCAUUCGCUAUGUACUUUUUCUUCAUGAUUGCCUUUUUUUGGCUUAACAUACUGUCUUACAACAAAUGGAAAACAGUAGUAAAUCCACAGUUUUCAAGAAAUAGAAGGGAUUCGCUACGUGCCUACUGCUUAUAUGGUUAUGGUAUGCCAUUUCUUCUACUCGUGGUAUCUUUGAUAACCCAUCACGUUUCUGGCAGCCAUAUAAAGCCAGGAUUCGGAAACAAUAUUUGCUGGUUUGACAAUCGACAAGCUACAUGGGCAUAUUUUUACGGUCCCUUAUCGAUACUGUUAGUCGCAAACAUUUUCUUUUUUAUCUGGACAGCGAAGGUUCUUUGGAGCGAGAUUGGAGAGAACCAUCCGAAAUGUUCCUCUCUCAAGUACCG